AUGGGGCAAGGCAGCCCGCGAGAAGGACUUCUAGGAGAGGAUUGUAGGCGGCUUGAGACGUUUGACGGGGCUAGAGAGGGAGGAUAUGAGAAAUAUGCGGCGGAAAAUGAUCUGGUGGACGAGAAGGGGCGCCCUUUACGAGAAGUCUACAAAAUAUGCUCUGUGACGAGCAAACUCAAGGGUAAGCCUGUCCUUGAUCUUGCAGCAACUGUGAUUGAGGACUUCGAGUUCUUGUGGAACGAGAACUACUUCUCGACUCCGGCGCUAUGA